CCAUAAACGGCAGGCGGUUUCGCUGCCCUUCCGCCGGCCCUCCUCUUUACCUUCUCUCCUCCAAAGGAAAACAAAAAACUUUUCCAUCUAAAAAUCCCAUUCUCAUCAUCAAUUCCGAUAGAAACAGCCUCUUUGAUGAACUCAUCUCAUCUGACCCACUCUAUAGUAGCUCCGACUCUUAAAUCUUAACCUUUUCUUUCUUUAUUUCGGUCUGAUACGUUGUUUUCUUCGGGGAGCGAGGGAGGGAUGGAGGGGAUGGGAUGGGGAAUCGACAGCUAUCUGAAGCAAAACUUCGACCUCCCGGCGAAGAACCCCUCGGAGGAUGCGCAGCGGAAAUGGCGGGCCGCCGUGGGCAAGAUCGUCAAGAACCGCCGCCGCCGCUUCCGAAUGGUCCCGGAUCUCGACAAGCGAUCCGAGGUGGAAGCCAAGAAGCGCAAGAUCCAGGAAAAAAUUCGGAUUGCUCUCUAUGUACAACAAGCUGCAUUUCAUUUCAUUGAUGCUGCUAAUAGAAAAGAACACCAUCUUUCAGAAGAGGUCAUAAAAGCUGGUUUUUCUAUCAGCCCUGAUGAACUGGCAUCCAUUGCAAGUGGACAUGAUAUUAAGAGCUUGAAGAUGCAUGGAGGAGUUGAGGGGAUAUCAAGAAAAAUUAAUGUCCCACUAGAUGAUGGCAUUAACACUAGUGAUUUUUCAAUGAGACAGAAUUUAUAUGGUGCUAAUCGAUAUGUAGAGAAGCCUUCUAGAAGCUUCUGGAUGUUUGUAUGGGAUGCUCUACAGGACCUGACUCUUAUCAUUCUUAUGAUAUGUGCUCUGAUUUCUAUAGUUGUUGGACUUGCCACAGAAGGAUGGCCAAAGGGUGUGUAUGAUGGGUCGGGAAUUCUUCUCAGCAUAUUCAUAGUUGUCAUAGUUACUGCUGUCAGUGACUACAAGCAAUCUCUGCAAUUUAAAGAAUUAGACAAGAAAAAGAAAAACAUAAUUAUUCAUGUAACUAGAGAUGGUUCUAGACAAAAGAUAUCUAUUUAUGACUUGGUAGUUGGGGAUAUUGUUCAUCUGUCAAUAGGUGAUCAAGUUCCAGCUGAUGGUCUAUUUAUGUCUGGUUACUCCUUGUUGAUAGAUGAAUCAAGUUUGUCUGGUGAAAGUGAGCCAGUAUAUAUUACUCAGGAAAAACCUUUUCUUCUGGCUGGGACGACGGUGCAAGAUGGGUCUGCUAAAAUGCUGGUGACUGCAGUAGGCAUGCGCACUGAGUGGGGAAGGUUGAUGGGCACUUUAAGCCAGGGUGGAGAGGAUGAAACACCUUUACAGGUUAAGCUAAAUGGUGUUGCAACCAUCAUUGGAAAGAUUGGUUUGGUGUUUGCGACUCUAACAUUUGUGGUCCUGAUAAUUAGGUUUUUAGUGGACAAGGGCAUGCAUGUUGGGUUGUUGAAAUGGUUUCCAGAAGAUGCGCUUACUUUGCUGAAUUAUUUUGCAAUUUCAGUGACUAUAAUUGUCGUUGCAGUUCCUGAAGGGCUACCUUUGGCUGUGACAUUGAGUCUUGCCUUUGCAAUGAAGAAGCUAAUGUAUGAUAAAGCACUAGUUAGGCAUCUGUCAGCAUGCGAAACAAUGGGUUCUGCUGGUUGCAUUUGUACAGAUAAAACAGGAACUUUGACGACUAACCACAUGGUAGUCGAUAAGAUAUGGAUAUGUGAGGUAUCCAAGUCAUUUAGAGGUAAGGGAACUGUUAAUGAUCUGAAAGCUGUGAUUUCUGAAAAAGUAUUUAGCAUCCUUCUUCAAUGCAUUUUUGAAAAUUCUGGUUCUGAGGUGGUGAAAGGAAAAGAUGGUAAAAAUACCAUAAUGGGUACACCAACUGAAGCAGCAUUAUUAGAGUUUGGCUUGGACUUGGAAGGAGAUCAUGAUGCUCAACACCGGGAUUGCAAGAAAUUAAAGGUGGAGCCUUUUAAUUCAGUUAAGAAGAAGAUGUCUGUUCUUGUGUCAUUACCCGGUGGAAGGAUUCGUGCCUUCUGCAAGGGUGCAUCGGAAAUCCUCUUGCAGUUGUGUGACAAGAUCAUUGACAGUGAUGGAAACAGUGUACCUCUUUCAGAAGUGCAGAUGAAGAAUAUACUGGAUAUCAUCAAUACAUUUGCUUGUGAAGCCUUAAGAACACUUUGCCUGGCCUUCAAGGAUAUGGAUGAAACUUAUGAGGGGGAUGAAAUCCCUGCUGAUGGUUAUACACUGAUAGCUGUGUUUGGCAUUAAAGAUCCAGUCCGGCCUGGAGUCAGGGAUGCAGUUCAGACCUGUAUAGCUGCAGGUAUUACUGUCCGAAUGGUAACUGGGGACAACAUCAAUACAGCUAAAGCUAUAGCCAAGGAAUGUGGAAUAUUGACAGAUGAUGGUUUGGCCAUAGAAGGAGCAGAUUUUCGCAACAAAAAUCCUGAGGAAAUGAAAGACUUGAUACCUAAACUUCAGGUAAUGGGCCGAUCUUUGCCGUUGGAUAAACAUACAUUGGUGACAAAAUUGAGAAGUAUGUUUCAUGAAGUUGUUGCAGUUACUGGUGAUGGAACAAAUGAUGCCCCAGCACUGCAUGAGGCAGACAUUGGUCUUGCAAUGGGUAUUGCAGGCACAGAGGUUGCAAAAGAGAGUGCUGAUGUUAUUGUAUUGGAUGAUAAUUUUGCAACUAUUAUAAAUGUGGCCCGAUGGGGUCGUGCAGUUUACAUCAACAUUCAAAAGUUUGUGCAAUUCCAGUUGACAGUUAAUGUGGUUGCUCUAAUUGUCAAUUUUGUUUCAGCAUGCAUCACAGGGAGCACUCCUCUCACUGCUGUCCAGUUGCUUUGGGUCAACAUGAUUAUGGAUACCCUUGGUGCCUUGGCAUUAGCAACAGAACCUCCAAAUGAUGAGAUGAUGGAAAGGCCACCAGUUAAACGAGGUGAAAGUUUUAUAACUAGGACCAUGUGGAGAAAUAUCAUUGGCCAGAGUUUGUAUCAGCUGGUUGUACUUGGAACUCUCAUGUUUGCUGGGAAAUGGCUUCUGAACAUUAAGGGUUCAAAUGCUGACUCCAUUCUCAAUACACUAAUAUUCAACUCGUUUGUGUUUUGCCAGGUGUUUAAUGAAAUAAACAGCCGGGAGAUGGAUAAGAUCAAUGUUUUUAGCGGAAUUUUCAGCAGUUGGAUCUUUUUGGCUAUCAUAGCUUCAACGGUCAUAUUUCAAGUAAUAAUAGUGGAAUUCCUUGGCGCUUUUGCAAGCACAGUACCACUUAGCUGGGAAUUAUGGUUGCUCAGCAUCCUGCUAGGGUCAAUCAGCUUGAUCGUUGCCAUAAUCUUGAAGUGCAUCCGAGUUGAACCUUGCAAGACUGCUGAUAAGCCCAAUGGCUACGAACCAAUCCCUUCUGGUCCAGAAGAUGUAUAGCAGAGCUAAGAGCAUCACUUUGAACCUCUCUGAGCUUGCCACAUUUACAAGAGAGAGCAGAUUAACUGCAAUUCAGAUUGCAGAGGCUUUGCCGCACGUUGGGAGAUAUUGCUUGUGCAAACAAAGUUUUUGGAUCUAUGAGUUAAUUUUUGUUUUAAUUUCUUUGAAGAAUAAAAUGUUUUAAGCUUUGAUGCAUGACAAUGAUCUAAGAUUCAAACUAGAAGGUGAAUCCCUGCUGUUCAAAAUAUGGAUUUCUUAAUUUUGUUGAUAGUUUUGUACACUUGUUGUCUCUGAAAAUAUUUGUUAAUAUAUAUCAUGCUUGCAGAUCAA